GGCGGAUCUAAUGGUAAGCGGACUAGGCGGUCGCCUGGGGCCCCACCGAUUUAGGAGCCCCGUAGAUCGCUAGUUUUUAGUAUGCCGUAUGUAUUACAUGUAUGCCAUAGGGACAGAGUAAAAAAGAUAGAAUACAUUCCGACAGUUUUUUAUAAACAUGGUUAACUCGAACCCUUGGACUAGGACAACAACCAGAUAUUAAAGCGAUACGUUUCCUAUAAUCUAAAAAUAUGUUGAACCUAUUCGGGAACUUUUGGAGAAUUGCGCAUCAGACUCAUCUACGGAGACCAUUAGAGUCAUUAGAAUUGUAAUAGAAAUUACCAAUCAUCAUUUGCAUUAUUUCGUUUUUUGUGAACUGAAAUGAAAUGAAAAGUGAAAUGAGCACUGAACCAGAUUGGAAACAUGCGAGAAAACGCAUCGCUGGCAAUUAAACCACUUUGGUGGCGCGUCACGACGCAACCGACGCUGUUUCCGUUCCCUGACCUACGGCAACGUGCAAAAUCUUCGUGUGUUGUGCGUUUCUCUCCAAUGCAGAUAAAGAGCUGAAGCUUUUGAGAGAAAUAAGACACGUAUGGGCCAUACAUAGAUUGAAGAAUCUAAUUCAAAGUAUCGUAAGUAAUAUUCUCAAAUAAGUAAACACUACUAAAAAGAGGCCGAAAUGUUUCGAAACAUAACAAAGACAUCGUCCCACUACAAAAAAAAACAACCACCCCACACGGAACUGACACCGGAACGAAUGUGAGCACCAGCGGAAAGGAAAGUUUCAUCUCUUCGCUCUCGCAGCAUCGUCGCUGCUUGCCGUUUGCUGCAUAUCCCGCGCGCGCCUCGACGACUUUCUUUGCGCCAACGCUUCACGCUCAGAGCGGGCUUGCGCCAUGUGCCGUCGCAGAGCAGAGCAUACCGCCCGUGCCCGUGCGGUAGAUGGUAGAUGAUGUUAUAAAACUAACGGUUUAAUUGAAAUGCUCCCCCAUUUACCGGCGAGAGAUCGGAGCGUGCGCACGUGCUUCAACAUCGGUGCUGCUCCCUGCGUGCGUGCGCGUGUGCUUUGGUGCGCGUUUUGUGUUCUUCAAGUGGUUUUUUUGUGUGAACAAGUAGUAGUGCUUCCUAGUUGACAUCGUUCUUAUAGUUCCCGGAAAAGAAAGCGCCUUGCGAAGGUCCUAGCGUUGAACGGUGCAAGGGAAGAAACCAGUUCUUGUUACGGUGCUUGCGCUUUUUUUGCGCUCCAAGUGAAAGGAGCAGGAUUAGAGUAGAGAGAAGCAACAGGAACGUAACCGUCUCCUCCUCAUCCCAACGGAACUGCACGGCAGACACACAGAAACACACAACCGCCCACCUCGAAACGUGUGUGUGUGUGAAUCGCGCGGUGGCGCGUGCAUGGUGAAAGUAAAAGUGGAAAAGUCGCACAAAAUCGGACCCGCCAGUAGCAUCGGCUGCGAAACAUAACCCGCCCGUGCGAUUCGGCGCGAGUGAUACGCGUUUUUUUUGCCCAAAGGCGGUUCCAAUCGUUGCGUUAGUUUCAGCCAGUCGGUGGAGGAGAUCUGCAGGAUCGUGCCGUUUGUAAAGUGGAAAGUGAAACUGUGAAAGCUUCCAGAACGGUUGUUCGGCCACCGGGUGUGUGCAAGAAGUGCAAGAAAAGACGCCCGCAAAACACGUGUCCGCGGGACGGCCGCUCAUGGCCGGUGAGCAUGGCAAGGUGGUGAAGUGAUACAUAAUUUAUUGUACCAGUUUUAUCGCACCCAAACAACAACCAUCGAUCUUGGCCCUCUCUGGGGGUGCACACUUCUUCAAGCGAUUGCGCGCGCGUUUGCUUUUGGAUGCUGCUCUAAGGAAGACGACCAUCGGAGCGGUGACAUCGGAAGACCAGAGAAGAAGAGAAGGAGCGUAACGACGCACACACACAACAGCAACAACAACAAAAAUCAACCGGAAUGGGUCUAUUUUUAUGCUACACGCUGCUGACGCUCGCGGUCACUUUCACUGGAAAUGCGUACGGUGGCAACCUGGUGAAGCGGAGUCUCAAAAACACGGUUCUCUGCCUCGAGGAUGGACGGUUUUACAGAAAUCCGGACCGACCCGAGCACAAGAUGUGGACCAACGCCGAGUGUGCCAAGUACUAUCUCUGCCUGGACGGGGAAGUGUUCGAGUUUAAGUGCUCCGUCGGGCUGCUGUUCGAUGUGUCGCGGCAAAUCUGCGACUUUAAACAGAAUGUAGACAACUGCGACGUUACGGCAGAAAAGCGCGUUCCAAAACCGCUGCUGGAAAAUGCCAAAUGCGAGGAACGGUCACAGCUGGGCUGCGGCGACGGGACGUGCCUACCGAACGAGUACUUCUGCGACGGUUCGGUCGACUGUGAGGACGGUUCGGACGAGGGCUGGUGCGACGUGGAGAACGAUCCGAACGCGGCCGACCCGUGCGAUCUGUCCGUGUGCGAGCUGCCGGACUGUUUCUGCUCCAAGGACGGUACGGUCAUCCCGGGCCGGCUGGAGCGCUACCACACGCCGCAGAUGAUUCUGCUCACCUUCGACGAUGCGAUCAACUUCGAGAACUGGGAGCUGUACACGGAGAAGAUCUUCACGCCGGGCCGCAAAAACCCGAACGGGUGUCCGAUUCGGGCGACGUUCUUCAUCUCCCACCAGUACACCAACUACGCCCAGGUGCAGCGGGCGUGGAACGACGGGCACGAGAUUGCGGUCCACUCGAUCACGCACCGGGGGCCGGAAGAGUGGUGGUCGCGCAACGCCACCAUCGAGGACUGGUUCGACGAGAUGGUGGGCCAGGCGAACAUUAUCAAUCGCUUCUCGAACGUGCGCAUGGAGGAGCUGCGCGGGAUGCGGGUGCCGUUCUUGCGCGUCGGCUGGAACAGGCAGUUUCUGAUGAUGAAGGAGUUUGGCUUCGUGUACGACUCGUCGAUGGUGGCCCCGUUCUCGAAUCCGCCGCUGUGGCCGUACACGCUCGACUACAAGAUGCCGCACGCGUGCAACGGCAACAAUCAGUACUGUCCCUCCCGCAGCUACCCGGGCAUCUGGGAGCUGGUGAUGAACCAGCUCGAGGCGGGCGAGUACACGUGCGGCAUGGUGGACACCUGCCCGCCGCACAUGAACGGCGAGGACGUGUACCGGAUGUUUGUGCACAACUUUAAGCGCCACUAUCACUCGAACCGGGCACCGCUCGGCCUGUACUUUCACUCCACGUGGUUCCGCAAGCAGGAGUAUCUCGACGCUUUCCUGAGAUUCCUGGACGAUAUGGCAAAGUAUCCGGAUGUGUACUUCGUCACCAACCAUCAGGCGAUCGAGUGGAUGCGCAAUCCGACCACCUCGAACCAGCUCGGCCACUUCGAGCCGUGGCAGUGCCGCCCGAAGCAGCUCGACCCGCAGGAGCAGGCGUGCAAUCUGCCCCGCACCUGCAAGCUGCACAGUCGCGUCCUGCAGCAGGACCGCUACCUCUCCACCUGCAACGAAUGUCCGGCACAGUAUCCAUGGAUACGGAACGAGUUCGGAUUGGACUGAGCAGAG